AUGGCUUCACCACCUCAAAAACUGAAGAUUGAAGCAAACGGAUCUCGUUUAAGUAAACUCUUGAUAAGUAAAGGAACACAAGCUUUGAAAACAACAUUGCAGUUUAAUUUAAAUUUUCGCUCGUCAAAACUAAGCGAUGAACUUAAUAAACCCUCAAAUAAAAGUACAUUGGAAUCAUUAAGAAAAAGAAGCGUCAUCAACAAAGAGCAAUGGGACCUUCUUUACCCAUCAACUGGUUUGCCAAAACUUGAAAACUUUGAUAUUUCAUUAAUGACUGUCUUAUUGCGUAACAUAUGUGGUCUAACAGCGCCACAUGGUGGAUGGGAUAAUCUUCCUUUCUCUUCAGAUACUUCAAUUUCAGCAAAUAUUGCAAGAAUAAAGUUUUAUCGAAACGAAGUGUACGGUCACAUAACUACAACUAGUGUAGAUGACAGUGAGUUUGAGUACUUGUGGCAGCAAAUUUCAAAAGCAUUGGUUGGUUUGGGUAUUCAACAAACUGAAAUAGAUGAAUUAAAGAAAGCUACACUCAGUCCUGAUGAAGUUAAUUAUACUGCAAUGCUAAAAGAAUGGCAUAAAAGAGAAGAGCAGUUAAUCGAUGUCACUGAAGAAAUCAAAGAAGAUGUAAAAGUAAUAAAAAGAAAUGUUGUAGAGAUCAAACAAGAGAUAGCAACAAAAGUUACGAACAUAAAUGAGGAUGUAGCAAGAGUAAAAAAAAUGAUACAGGGCAAAACAUAUUCAGUUGUCGAAAAGCUUGGAAAGUGUAAUUUUAACGGUCUUAUAAAAGAUCUUAACAAGAAAUACCUUGAAGGCACUAGACAAUGGUUAUUUGAAAAACUCGACACUUGGUUUAACAAUAGAAGUGAAGAUGCUUCUAACGUCAUGAUUUUGAUUGCCGGUCCUGGUGUUGGUAAAAGUGUGUUUGCUGCUGAGGUGUGUCGACGAUAUUCUGGAAAGAAGAAACUUGCUGCUUGUCAUUUCUGCAGAUAUAAUAGAUCAGAUUAUAGAAAUCCUCGAUUUUGA